AUGAGGCUGAACGACCUUCUUGGGGUGCUUCGGGUGAGAGUGAUCAGAGGCAUCGACCUCGCCGUCCGCGACGUCGUCAGCAGCGAUCCCUACGUUGUUCUCAAAUGGGGCAAGCAGGUUCCUCCUCUCUCUCUCUCUCUCUCUCGCUCUCUCUCUACCUGUCCGUUAUCCGUGAACUCCGCCCUCCACCUUUCUGUGCCGCCGUGUUUCUCUGAUCUACCAUAAAACCCUAGAACCGUGGAGUUUGGAGUGAAAUGGUCGAGAAGGAACCUCCAUAUCCUCAUCGAGCUUUCCUAAUCUCCUGAGGGACGGCGAACAGAGGGAAUCGAGAUCGGAGGAAUUCGAUGAACCUUUCAGUCUUCCGCCGCCGCUUCUUCUUCGCCCUCCCCGCCAAUCGGUCUGCGAUUCACCCUCCGGCGUCGAUUCCACGUAGGGAGAUUAGGGAGCGCUUGGGGAAGAAGCAACAGUUGAACAGAGAGACGUUCGAGAAUGCGCAAUAAGGGAUGGUUGUCCUUCCUCGUAGGGUCCGGUGAUGGAGAUGAACGCCUCCUGACCGUUAGAUCGACGGGCUGCUGUUGGGAAAUGGAUUCCAUAGUCCAAACAUACAGUAGACUCGACCGGGUAAACAAUCAUGAGGUUGAAGAACUAUGUAGAGUAUGAGGUCAGAAAUACGACAAACCAUCCUAGCCUUCUAUUUUGUGGGCAAGGUAGUGUCUCAGGGUCUCCCACCCCAGAAUCGAUUCCACGGGAGUCCAUCACGAGCCUGGCGACGAAAGCUGCAGCAGCGGUCCCAGAUAAACUAGCAAGGUCGUGGGAAUGUGGGGGACCUCGCCACGUGUCGUCUUGAGAAAAAUUAUUCACUUGACUGAAUAAUUAACAUUUUCCCCGACGAGGGGAGAAUAUUCACGAGAAUAAGUCUUGGCGUUAAGGGCGACGAGAAGAGAACUGAAGAGGUGGAGCGGAGGGAGGAAGAACACGGGAGAGUCUGAUCUGGUGAGGAUAGAUAGCAUGGAGGGCAUUUUGGGGCUGCUCAAGGUGCGCGUGAUCAGGGGCAACGAUCUCGCUGUGGAGGACGUCCGCAGCAGCGACCCCUAGGUAGGUCGAGAUGGACAACCAAGUAGGUCGCCUUUAUCUCUCCUCCUCCCCAGUCCUGAGAGCCCUCCGCUCGUUGUUGCUGCUCUGCGAGCACCUGGACGAAGAAGAGGGGGCUUCCUAUGGCGGAAUCUUCACCUGAGUUUCUUCAGAUUCCUUCUGUAAUAUCUGCUUCUGCGACACAACUCUGGAGCGCAUUAGCUUGAGCGAAUCAUGGUCGGCCAGGCCUCUGAUCUGAUUAUCUCGCCAUUUUUCCCCCUUCUUCCACUUGUCCUUCACUCCCACUCGAUCUUUAGAUCCUGAUCUUUGUUCCGUUCAUCAAUCGUCGUUCUACAUGAUCUGAGGUUUCCACUGUUCCUUGCUUCUGCUCAUUUCAGUCCUUGUUCCUUGCAGAAAUUGAAGACCCGCGUGGUGAAGAAGAGCGUCAAUCCGGAGUGGAACGAGGACCUGACCUUGUGCGUUCUCGAUCCCACUCAUCCGAUCCACCUUGUGAGUUCUCUCCUCCCUCCCCAUUCCCUCUCUCCCCCGUCUCCCUCAUUCCCUCCCCUACUCUCUCUCACUCUCUCUCCCCGUCGGCUACAUCAUGAAGGAGCGGGCUAAAGCUCCUAGAGCGAGAGAGAUAAGGGGAGGGGGCCUGGCGGGCCGGGGUCAGAGAGAGAACGGGCGGGAGCCACCUGACCAGGCCCGGUUUUUAUAAAGAUGGAUUUUUUUUUGUUUAAUUAUUGAUUAUUUUGUUUUUUGUCUGGUGGGGCCCAUACAUUAGACGGUAUACGAUAAAGACACGUUCACGGACGACCGGAUGGGGAACGCGGAGAUCGACAUCCAGCCGUUCAUCGAGGCGGUCCAGAUGCGGCUGCGGGCCCUCCCCGAUGGCGCGAUCAUCCGGAAGGUGGUCCCCACGCGGACCAACUGCCUGUCCGAGGAGAGCAAGAUCCACUUCCGCGACGGGAAGCUCGUUCAGGACAUCAUCCUCCGCCUCAGGAACGUCGAGUCCGGCGAGGUUGAGCUCCAGCUCCAGUGGGUCGACGUCCCCGCAUCCCAGCGCGGUUGA